AGCGCAAGAAAGUAUCCGUAGUUGUAAGUGAUACUAUGCGGUUUCCAUACAGCCGUAGUAAUGUAAUUCACCUUAAUAUAUAGAUUCCUGUGCCGACGCCUUGCGCGGAUCCAGUGCCUUCUCAGGAUGAACGCGAAAAUAAGAGCCCUAAAAAGCCAAGAAUAUCACCGCCAGUAACGUACGGUUAUCCUGAAAGUGUUGCAGUCAACAUGCUUUUAGCUGACGCGAAAGGAACCAACAAUGCCGAUCUUAAUGAUGAGGACGACGAAGAAGAACCUUGGGUAGAACUGCUGCUUCGCGAUUUCGUCGUAUAUCAAUAUUCAAGAGACGAACCAACAGAAAUCUCUGAAAAUUUUUCAACUCUCUACGUCGAUGGUGAAAUCAAUGAUCCUACUGAUCCUACAAAAUCUGUGCGUAUGGAACGUGUCCCUUUUGACAGUUGGUCCUGCGGAGAUUUCGAUCGCGAGAAGAAGGAACCCCGCAUUUGGAUCAAAAGUACCUUCGUUCAUGAGGAAUUGUACUACCGACUGGAACACCCUAAUCCAGAUUACCAAAACAAGUAUCACAAUUUCAAGCGUCGCAUUGAAUUGGUCAAGAUUAUACUUGGUUUUAUCGAAGAAUAUCCUCAUGCAACCAUUCAAGACACGAAAUACGGUGGUUUGCUUUCAUCCUUUAUUUCUCAACGUUACCCGCAUUCAUGCUGGAUGCAUAAGAAUGUUCAACCUCAUAUUGCUGCCAAUGCUAAACUACUAAUGUGGCAAAUCUGUUAUCAGAUUGACCUCGGCACAGACGCCGAUUAUAUACAGUCACACCCUUUUUGGAAAGAUUUUACAUUUGAGAGCAUUCGGCAAAAAUAUGAGGGAUUGAAAAAAGAACGAACAGCAUGGGAAAACGAGUUAACCGUAGCAACACCCGUGGCGUACAAAUAUUUUCAGCCCGUGUUUCACAAAUUCUUACGAUGUAUACAACCUCCUGUGCGACCUGAAAAAAGCUUGGAAGAUCUCCUCGAAAAGAAGUUAUCCAUUGUCAUCCCUACGGAUGAGAUGGUGUGUUUGCCUGGUAAUGACUAUAAAUACAAGGUUCUAGAUUGCCAAAAAUGGUCCACCCCAGGAACGCCUGAAAAAAAAAAUGGACUGCAUUACCAUGACCACAUCGUCAUUGACGACGUUGAAAUCCGUGUGGGCGAUUGUAUUCAAUUACAAGCGCCAGAAGAUGAAUUGUGGCUCGCACGUAUCACAUCAAUUUUUCAGCGUACAGAAUACAGCGAACCAUGUAUUACUAUCAUUUGGUUGUACAAAGGCAGUGACACCAUUUUAGCCAACGUGCAUGAAGUGGACGAACCUUAUUCCAACAACGAGCUAUGGUACACCCAUCAUUGCGAGUGCGAGAAUGGCGUCAAUUCCAUCUCGAGCAUCUUUCGAAAAAUCAGUGUGUCAUUCCGAUCUACAAAAAAUCAAAAGGCACCUCAUCACUAUUAUUGUAAAAGCUUCUAUGAGCAUAACCGCGCCACGUUUGAGGAUCUGAAAGAAGAACACAUGUUUGUUUCCAAGCGUAUUCGCUGCGGUUGCUAUGUGCCUUCUUUGGAAGAUCGAUGCGAAAAAUUCAUCAAGUCUCACAAAGUGGGUGACAAGAUCCUUAUCGUCGGCUCAAGUGGGUAUCUCACCUUGUACGAAAUUGUGGCUAUGCCCUCGGCCGACGCAGAUCAUGAUCUCGUGAAACUGCGAACGUUCCCGCUGUUCAGUGAAUUGAAAAAGCUGUUUCCCGAUUUACGUGACGUGUCAGCAGUGCUACACACUCGGCGGAUGAGACAUCUAGUUAACGAAGUUAUUUAUACGAAUUGGAUGGUGGAAAUAUCUUUAACCACUAUUAUCGAAAGAAGCGAAGCGGACACAUUGGAUGUAGCCCAUCUCGAAUUUUGGGAUCCCACAACGCGUCUACCGAAUAAUUUAGCUCAUAAUGGUGCCGGUCAUCAUUAUUUUUUCAACAAAGAGCUCCACAAAGCCCCCAAAGUUGUCACGCCAAUCAUGGGUAAUACGGACAUACAGCAUUUUCAGGAACGCUAUCCACCAUUUCAAAAGCGAUCCAAAAAGCUGGCGACGUUGGACCUUUUUUGCGGAGGUGGAAACUUUGGUCAUGGCAUUGAAGAUGCUGGCAUUGCGCAAUGUCGAUGGGCAGUAGAUGUGGACCAAAAAGCUUUGUCAACAUAUCAGCAUGCACAUACCAGAUCUCAUGCGUGUUUUGCCGAAAGUGUUAAUGUGCUGUUAGAAGAGUCCCUUUCUGGUAAACCGCGACCUGCUUGGCCAACACCUGGUGAGGUGGAGCUUGUGCUUGCAGGAAAUCCAUGUCAGGGAUUCAGUCGCUUAAACUCUCAUCGAGAUAACGAUAAUUCCGUUCGCAAAAGUUCGCUUUUGGCAAAUGUGGCAUCAUAUAUAGAAUAUUUUCGACCGCAGUUUCUUCUACUGGAAAAUGUUGCAGCCAUGAUCAAUUUUGGUUAUAUAUCCAAUGACGACGAACCAGCAAUUUAUCCAUUUAAUCAUCUGAUAGCGCUGCUGGUCCAGUUAGGAUAUCAGAUCCGCUGGGGAGUCGUUGAUGCUGCACUCCAUGGCUUACCACAGCGACGAAACCGCGUGUUCAUUUGGGGUGCAGCGUCUGGAUACCAACUACCAAAAAUGCCACCUGUUUCGCACAAGGCUAUUAUUAAUAGAGGUUACGGCAUCAUUCUUCCUAGCGGCGUCAAAUCUUCAUAUUUUGAUAUACCAGAGCAUACAGCAUUUCCACAAGUUAGCAUCAAGGACGCGAUUGAUGAUUUACCGCCUCUUGGCAACGGUGUAAUCAAGUCUACAGACCUUGUAGAUCAUCAUGUACCGAAACUACCACUCUGGGUGCAAAUGAUUGUCGACCUAUUACCUGUGGAUCCACCUGGAGCCACAUUAAACACAAUCAUUGAUCAGCUGCCGGACGAGAUGCAAAACUUCAAAGCUGUCAAAAGAUGGAAAAUGGCACGGCGGAACCGGCCUAAAGGACGGUUUAUGGAUUUUGCGCGCGUUCGACCACAUGACAUCUGUUCAACUGUAACAACAACUUUCACGUACCAAGGAAUACGAGCAUCGCCUUGCUUCCAUUACCGAGAACCACGAUUAUUGAGUAUUCGUGAAAUUGCUCGUGUGCAAGGAUUUUUGGAUGACGAUGUGUUGGUGGGUACCAUUGCCGACCAGCAUCGAAUCAUCGGCAAUGCCGUUGCUCGUCCCGUCGCUUUUGCGCUAGGUUUACAGGUUGAUCCAUAGUCACCAGCAAUGUAAUAAACGGGAUACCCACUUAUGCUCAUUGUCAUUUAUUGCACUAAUGAACAAGGAUGAAAAAUCGUCGAUCAUUUUUUGUUCCACGAGAAUUCGGCGUGUUUCAUUGGAUGAACGAAAUUGGAUUGGGGGAUCCUGACGUGCCGCAAACAUUUUAGCGUGAGGACAGCUUUGCUUGUAUCACGACAUUCAUAUUAUUUUCGUUUUGUUCAUUGUAGAAAAAAUAGAAUGAAGGUCAGGAUUCGAA